ACUUUCAUUAUAUUUUCUGCAAAAUUUCUUUGAGAGCUUUACGGUGUGUCUUCUGUGCGUAAGUUGCUGCAUCAGUUGUGGGUUUUCACACCAAGCUUUCGAAAACAAAAUCAAGUACUGUAUACGAUUCACUGAUUUCCAUUUAGUUGAAGUGUCACUCUCCUUUCUACCUUUUUGUGGUUGAAUUUGAGUUUUUGGAAGGAAAUUAGGGUUGGGGAUUGGGAAUAAUUUGAAUGUGCGUUCAAGGGUUUUUUUUUUUUUUUAAAAAAAAAGGGGUCCUGACUUCAUUCGUGCCCCUACUUCAUGCAGAAAUUAAGCAAAUGUCUUCAGAAGGAACUGUGAGUGUUAUAGGGAGUGAAGUAAUGCCCUUGGGGUAUGGUGGGAUGGACUCAGAGAGUAGUCCAUCCAGUUCGGAGAAAACGGUGGAAGGGGUAGAAGGAGGUGAGAUAGUUGGGGUAGGGGGAGGUGAGGUAGUUGGGGUUGGGGGGGAUAAUGUUCCCAUAACUGUAGUAGAAGUUGAGGGUAGGGGAGGGAGGUGCUACGAUGUAACUGCAGACAUCGUAAGUGAAGUGAAGAAAUAUGAGUCUGAGCUUAGGACUAGGGAUAGCUUGGGGUACUUAGUAGAAAGCUAUGAGAUUUCAUCUCGAGCAUUGGUUAGGCCAGCUAGGGUAGAGAAGAGAGCAUGUUCUGCUCCUCAGGAUCAUUGGAUGCCCGUGUAUGCCCAUUAUUUGGCAGCCGGGCUUAGGUGUCCAAUACCUGAGUUGUUGGUGGGUUUGUUGUUAGAUUAUAGUAUAGGAUUGACACAGUUGGUUCCCAACGCAAUGAGGGGGGGUAGUAGGAAGGACAAGGGGUGGUAUUAUUUCACCCCUAGGGUAGCAAAUAGGGAGAGUAGGGCUUUAUUCACUGCCGGUCCUUCAUCCAUUAAAGGAUGGAAGGAGAAAUUCUUUUUUGUAGAUGAUACGGUUUGGGAAAGGGGGGAUGCCGAGGUGAGGGAGUUAGCAUUCUGGAAGGCUAAAAAACCCAACCAGAAUAAAUUUAGGUUAAAUGAGGAUAAGGAGGAAGAGGUGAGGAAGUUAGAGAGGGAGGGGGGAAACUUACUGAACAUCAUGGACCUCACCAGCGCAGAAUGCAUAGAAGCUGCUGAGCUCUAUGGGCCAAGCGCUUUAAGUGAAGAAGCUGGAGUGGAGGAAAAUGGUGAAAGUAUGUCAGCAGACUUCCGCCCGGAGAUCAAACUGAAGUGGGAUCGUGAUGCUGACGGACGCACUAUUUUCCCUCCGAACUUCAACUUCGAGUUCGUUGCAGUGGAAGAAGAAGAGGCAGAGGUAGAAGAAGAGGCAGAGGUAGAAGAAGACGAGGUGGAGGCAGGAGCAGAUGGAACUGAAGUAGAUGGAACUGAAGUGGAUGAGAACCAACCAGCGCCAGAAGUGGAGAUUCAUCCAGUUCCUUCUGAUGAUGAUUAGCCUCCUCUGCCAGACGAGCAGCAGCCAACAGAGCCACCUCUUCCAACUGAGUAGGAGCCAGCUCAGCCACCUCUUCCAGCGAAAGAUUAAUUUUUGUUUAUGUAUUUGUUUUUUUGUUUUGUUAGUAUAAAAACGAUUUGUAAUACUUUGGAUUUAUUGAAUGAAAUUUUUAUUUAAAAUCAUAUGUUGUGUACUUUAGAUUUUUGUUGGUUUAUAUUGAUAGAAGUGUUGAGAUAACUAUGAAUGUUAAUAAUUUCAGAGAUGAAAUAAAAUGAAGUUAUUUAC